AUGGAAGGGCAGUUCGUUCGUCAAAUUAAAACCAUAUGUGUACUUUGUGGCUCUCAACUUGGGAGUGAUAUUUGUUACGCACUUGCAGCGAACGAACUUGGUAAAAAAUUAGGAGAGAAAAAAAUUAAUUUGGUAUAUGGAGGGGGAAGUCGUGGAUUGAAUGGUUAUGUUUCACAAGCUGUACAUCUUGGAAAUUCAUCUGUGGUAGGUAUAAUGCCAAUCCCUUUAGCUGAACCACAUAUUUCCGGGAUUACACGCGGUCAACUUAUAGAAACGACUUCUAUGUCUGAGCGCAUGGCUUGUAAGAUUUAUCAGUCAGAUGCCUUCAUUGCUUUACCAGGAGGUUUUGGAACACUUGAAGAAAUCUUUUGUAUAAUCUCCUGGGCCAAGAGUAAUCUCCAUACCAAACCCAUUGGACUUUUAAAUGUUAACCAUUUUUUCGAUGGGUUACUCUCUUUUCUUGAUCAGGCUGUGGACCAACAGUUCAUUUCUCGUUCAGCAAGAAAGAUUCUCAUUUCUGCAUCCACCAUUGAUAAGCUGUUAGAGAAAUUACAUGCUUAUGUUCCACAGUACGAUCCUCAUGAGCCUCGGAUAGACUGGUCUAAGGCAAUUAGUAACAAGCGCCCAAGGGGUCCGAUUAAUUUAGAUUUAUCAGUGCUCUAUUGGUUAUGGAAAGGGAAGGUUGCACACGACACAAUUCUGGUUGUGGUACCUCUCCAAUUCAACCUGUGCCUCAACCUCUUCCUCGCCACCCUAGCGACCCUGGCAUCUUCCAAAGUGGACUGCAUACUUGGGUUCAAUGGUGAUGGCGGUGAUGGUAUUUCUCCCUCCUCGACAUAUCUGCUUGAAGGUUGGGGAGAUGGUGGAAGAUUCAGUGAGGGAAAGUCGAAGAAGUCGUCAGAAAUAGGAUCUAGGGCCUCCCUCGUCGUGCUCAUUCCAUCUUCGUCUACCCUAGCCCUUUUGUUCCUCCGAGCCAAGAAAACCUCCUAUUCUUCAAUAUCCUCAAAAUGA